GAGAGGCCCCCGGGACCGCGAGCAGCAGCUGGGGAGGGGGCCGCGGAGCCGGAGCGCGAGCAAAACAGCUGAUCUGAUUUUCCUUUAAAGCGAAAGAAAAUGGAAGUCGGGUAGCGGCGACUGCGGCGCUGCGGGCUGGCGGAGCCGAGCGGAGCGGAGCGGCGCGGCAGAGUUCUCAGGGCCUGUGGUCUCACAUUUUCUACCUUCUACCGGGGCGACAUGGGCCACUUCCGGCAGGGAUGGUGCAGUGUUGGCCCAGACGCCUGACUGCCACACGCCUCCAGGGAAUCGCAGUGUCUGAAAAGUGGAAGUGACGGAAGAAGCGACCGUCCGGCCGAGGCCCAGUGCGUCGGGAGGAAGAAGGCAGUCUCUUAACUGGUGCCACACACAUCAGGUGGAUGGUUUCUAGCCUGCUUCCCAACCCCACCUCGGCGGAGUGCUGGGCAGCCCUUCUACAUGAUCAUAUGACUCUUGAUAUGGACGCAGUCCUGUCAGACUUUGUUCGGUCCACGGGGGCAGAACCUGGUCUGGCCAGAGACCUGCUGGAAGGCAAAAACUGGGACCUGACAGCUGCCCUGAGUGACUAUGAGCAGCUCCGACAGGUGCACACAGCCAACCUGCCACAUGUGUUCAACGAGGGCAGAUGUCCCAAGCAGCCCGAGCGAGAGCCACCCCAGCCUGGACAGAAGGCGGAGCGGUCCUGCCUGCAGAGACAGGACGAUGUCGCUCAAGAAAAGCGUCUUUCCCGGGGGAUUUCGCACGCCAGCUCCGCCAUCGUCUCCCUGGCCCGGUCCCACGUGGCGGGUGACUGCAGCGCCGAGCAGUUCCCCCUGGAGAUGCCCAUCUAUACGUUCCAGUUGCCUGAUCUGAGCGUGUACAGCGAGGACUUCAGGAGCUUCAUCGAGCGGGACCUGAUCGAGCAGGCGACCAUGGUGGCUUUGGAGCAGGCAGGUCGCCUGAACUGGUGGUCCACUGUGUGCACAAGCUGUAAACGUCUUCUUCCUUUGGCUACGACAGGGGACGGGAACUGCCUUUUACAUGCUGCCUCACUGGGAAUGUGGGGUUUCCACGACCGGGACCUGGUGUUGCGGAAAGCACUGUACACCAUGAUGAGGACGGGGGCCGAGAGAGAAGCCUUGAAGCGGAGGUGGCGGUGGCAGCAGACGCAGCAGAACAAGGAGUCAGGGCUGCUGUACACCGAGGAGGAGUGGGAGCGAGAGUGGACGGAGCUGCUGAAGUUAGCAUCCAGCGAGCCGCGAACACACUUCAGCAAGAACAGUGGUUCUGGCGGGGGCGUGGACAACGCUGAGGACCCCGUGUACGAGAGCCUGGAAGAGUUCCACGUUUUCGUGCUGGCCCAUAUACUGAGGAGGCCAAUCGUUGUCGUAGCAGAUACGAUGCUGCGGGACUCAGGUGGCGAAGCAUUCGCCCCGAUCCCAUUCGGAGGGAUUUACCUGCCCCUGGAGGUGCCUCCCAACAGGUGCCACUGCUCACCUCUGGUUCUCGCCUAUGAUCAAGCGCAUUUCUCUGCCCUCGUGUCCAUGGAGCAGAGAGAUCAGCAAAGGGAACAAGCCGUGAUCCCACUGACAGAUUCCGAGCACAAGCUGCUGCCCCUGCACUUUGCGGUGGACCCCGGCAAGGACUGGUUGUGGGGGAAAGACGACAACGACAACGCCAGGCUAGCCCACCUGAUCCUGUCGCUGGAAGCCAAGCUGAACCUCCUGCACAGCUACAUGAAUGUGACGUGGAUCCGCAUCCCCUCCGAGACCCGGGCCCCUCUGGCGCAGCCGGAAUCCCCCACGGCCUCCGUGGGGGAGGAUGUGCAGUCCCUGGCCGACUCCCUGGACUCGGACCGCGACUCUGUGUGCAGCAAUUCCAACAGCAAUAACGGCAAGAACGGCAAGGAGAAGGAGAAGCAGCGCAAGGAGAAGGACAAGACCCGCGCGGACUCCGUGGCCAACAAGCUGGGCAGCUUCAGCAAGACGCUGGGCAUCAAGCUGAAGAAGAACAUGGGCGGCCUGGGCGGCCUGGUGCACGGCAAGAUGGGCCGCGCCAACUCGGCCCACGGCAAGAACGGCGGCGACGCGCCCGAGCGCGCCAAGGACAAAAAGGUCAAAUCGCGCAAGGGCAGCAAGGAGGAGUCGGGCGCGUCGGCGAGCACCUCGCCGUCGGAGAAGACCACGCCGUCGCCCACGGACAAGGCGGCGGGCAAUUCGCCGGCCGAGAAGGGCGGCGGGCCGCGGGGCGACGCCUGGAAGUACAGCACGGACGUGAAGCUCAGCCUCAACAUCCUGCGCGCCGCCAUGCAGGGCGAACGCAAAUUCAUCUUCGCCGGCCUGCUGCUCACCAGCCACCGGCACCAGUUCCACGAGGAGAUGGUCGGCUACUACCUGAGCAGCGCGCAGGAGCGCUUCAGCGCCGAGCAGGAGCAGCGGCGCCGCGACGCCGCCGCCGCCGCCGCCACCGCCAAGCGGCCGCCGCGCCGGCCCGAGGCCGACGGCGCCGCGGGCCCCGAGCGCGCCUCGCCGGGCCCGCCGGCCGCGCCGCCCACGCAGCUGGUGCUCAAGUUCAAGGAGCGCCCGAGCCCGGGGCCGGCGGCGGGCACGCGGGCGGCGCGGGCGGCGGCGGGCGGCGCGGCCUCCCCGGGCCCCGGCGGCGGGGGCGCGCGGCGCGCGGGCGCCAGCGGCGCGGCCCCCGGGCGCAGCCCCCCGGCGCGCCAGAGCGUCAUCCACGUGCAGGCGGCGGGCGCGCGGGACGAGGCGUGCGCGCCGGCCGUGGGCGCGCUGCGGCCGUGCGCCACGUACCCGCAGCAGAACCGCUCGCUGUGGUCGCAGAGCUACAGCCCGGCGCGCGCCGCCGCCCUGCGCACCGUCAACACGGUGGAGUCGCUGGCGCGCGCCGUGCCCGGGGCCCUGGCCGGCGCGGCCGAGCCCAAGUCGCAGACCUACACCAACGGCUUCGGCGCCGCGCGCGACGGCCUGGAGUUCGCCGACGCCGACGCGCCGGCCGCGCGCUCGAACGCUGAGGGCGGCCGCGGGCCGGGCCCCGCGCAGCGGCGCUGCCAGCGCGAGAACUGCGCGUUCUACGGGCGCGCGGAGACCGAGCACUUGUGCUCCUACUGCUACCGCGAGGAGCUGCGGCGGCGGCGCGAGGCGCGCGGGGCCCGGCCCUGAGCCGGCGCCCGUGCACGAUUGCUCUCCAUGCUGUCGGUGUCUUUUCUACGUGCCCUGGUCACCCGGAAGGCCGGCGACCCCCGUGUCAGUGCCGUGUACGUGUUUGGUCACAUGUUCCUACUGGUGCCUGAACCUACACUGACGCCACUCAGGUAGUAGACGGAUAGGAAACAAGUCAUACUGUCGGCAGUGGGUGUGCUAGCUAGCAUCUGCCUCGUACCGUGGAAACUCAUAGCCAUUGCGGGAGUAUUUUUGUUCCGAAAUAAAGAGAUUUGCAGCCCUUUGUUUUUAGAAGGGAGUGUUUUACAUGCUUUUUUUUUUUUUUUUUUUUUUUUUUUUUUUUUGCUUUUUUUCCCCCCUAACUCAGCCACAGACCUCUUGCAGGAAGUGAUCACAUGCGUGCGCUCGGUACCAUCCAGGGGUGAGAAGCAAAGGCUGCCGGGGACUGCGGGGGCAGCUCCACCUGCUUCGCCCCCCAGGUCCCUGGAGGAGAGGAGGCACGUGGCCGCCAGCUGACGCUCCGGUGGUCACGGUGGCCCUUUAGGAAUACCCACGGCCCAUCUCAUAAGCAAAACCAACUCCCACAGCCCCUUACCCCCCUGCCCCCCAGCUCGAGCAACACUCACACUGCCAUCCAACCGCGGGCGUCCGUAGGGUGGGCACCGGACAAGCUACCUCGCAGAGCGCGGUGAGCUGUAGUGACCGCUCCCGGUGCUGGGCAGCUCAGGUGACAGGAGCUUUCUAAAGACAUCUUGGGUCCAAAAAGCAAGGUCUGAACCCACUAUUUGGAGUUGCCCACGUAUGAGCAAAGAUGCCAGCCUGCUCACAUUUCUCCUUUGAAGAUACUUUCACAGUUGACUGUCGCAGGAGGGCCCUUAGGAAGGGAUCAUCGGUGCCGGAAGAGAGAGGCAAGGAAUUGACCCUUUUGGGUCACUGUGUAAGCCCCCACUAGGCUGCUUUGAAAUCCCGCUGCGCCUCUUUCCAAAGGGAAGGAGCGGAGGAAAGCCGGGAAGGAAGCGCACCCCACCUCACGGCGCAUCUGUCUGGGUUCAGCCAGGUACAGGGGCGCCAUUCCCAUUGGGGUCCCCUCCGUAGGACAGGGACCUCCUUGCCUGUGGCUCCAUAACACAGUGAGGGGGCAGCCCCAUCCCCAAGCGGUCCCUUUUUUGGUGCCUCCUACAUUUCUUGAGGAAAAAAAAUGUGUCCUUAGCUACCCUGUUUUGUGCAGCAAUAUGCAACCUCUUCCUUCCAAGAUUACCUCUGGAGAUCCGGUUCUUGGCCAAGGACACUGAGUUACACCUGCCUCACGAGAGCUCCUUUCCAAGAAAUACCGCUAAGGUGGGGAAAAUCUUCGCUAGGAAAAGAAUACUCUAAAACCGGUGAGAACCUUAGGAGCGCCUCUAACAAUCCUAAGAAACGCGAAAGCGCCCAGCUUUGCUAUAAUAACCUCAGGAAGUGCAGGAAGCAAACCAUCUUUCAUUGGAGCCAGCUUCUCCUUCUCCAGAAAGGAUACUUUACCCUUACCCGGCCCGACACAAGGAGCAGGAAAAAAAAAAAAAAAAAAAAAACACGGGGAGGGAAUUUUUUUUUACUUGUUUGAAGAAUUAUAAUAAACUAAUUUUGAGUAUCUCCUGUAAUUUCCUUUUUGUUUUUAAUUAUGCCACAGCCCGUGGAGUUUUCAGUAACUUACUCAUGUUUUACAUAAGUGGUUCCUUAAAAUUAAUCAAAAUUAUUUAUGAAAUAGAAUCUUUCAGAAAUUUUUUGAAAGUUUUACUUUUCACACUGAACAAUACUUUCCAUAUGUGGUAAUAAACAUCACGUCCCUGAUAUUCCUGGGGUUUCUUUUGUUACUUAGAGCAACAACAAAAAGUAGUUUUUCUAAAAAAAAUCUCUCAUCAAGAGGGUUUGUGGCAGCUUUUUGGACUGACUCUUCAUGUUACGCUUUGUCAUCCAAAGCUGUGAGGUCACAGGUAGUGUUACUUCACAUGUAGACACUGCUCUUACUCCUUAGUCUUAGGAGGCUGCAACGGCCAACCUUGAAAUGCUCAUUCAGAAACCAGACUCAUGUGCACAAGUGGUCAAGGAGGCAUAGAGUAAAUUCUUGCUUGUUUUUUUAAUUUUUUUAAUGUGAAAAUAGCCAACCAGAAAUUUCUAAAAUGGGCUAUGCAAAUAUUAUAUCUUUCUCAUGCCCUCUGCCAGGUUGAAGAAGAAAAAAAAGCCAAACUGAGAAUAAAAAAACUGUCCAUUGUAAUAAGAGAGGAAAACCUUCAAAACCAGACAGUGUCAUUCACAGGUAUUAUGAACCAAGGAUGACCUGUCCAUCUCCUUGAAUUUCCAAGUCACCUCUGCCCCACCCCACCUGACACGUGCCACGAAUAAGACCCAGAGAUCCAGCCACUGGCCACCAUGUGGGCUCCUCCCCCACGUGGCAGGCCCCCGACUUAGUGUGGUCCUGAGGCUCCAGGGCACCUGUGGGUGCUGCUCCCAGCGGACAUACAGCUCAGCCCACCUCGUUUACAAAUAGCCGUUUCCUUUUGUGAGAGAUGUGUGUCCAUCGUCCCUCUAAACAGUAUUAAUAAGUGAGGGAGGUUGCUGUUAGAUUAGUCGCUAAUCCAGGGUGGGAACUGGGAGAAAUCGCUGUCUACUUGAUAUGUGGGCCAGGAGGUCCCCUAAUGUCCUGUGACCUGGGGGCCCUUUGUGCAGCAAGGACAGGGAAGUGGAUUAUGGGUACUGGAGAAAAGGAAAGCCAGUCCUAAUUCUAGAAAGGCCGCGAGCCUCACUUUCACACUCGUCCUGGACACAGGCCAGCCAUGCCUGGGAGCGGCCUUUCCGCCUGAUCUGGCCAAACUGUCCCUUUCCAGGAAGGUUGGACAUCUCCAAGGGACAGCAGGUUUCCAGAAGGAUCCCAGAUACUUCUAAACCCCAGUGGAGGUUAUUUCCAUAAUUUACUUCCCAUUUCUCAUACAUGCGUUACCUGGGUAUAUGAUUUUUUGAGAAAUAAUAUAUUGUUCAAGGAAGGUGUUUAUAAAUGUAUUGUGUCUGUAGAUUUUAUGCUAUGUUACGUUGAAAUUUUACAAGCCAAGUGUACACUGUACUAUAGAAAUUAUUUUUCUAUUAUUUUCAGACUAUGCCAGAGAGCAAUAUUUUAUGUCCUUACAUUGACAGAGUUGUCCCCUUGGAAAGGUAACUUUGGGUGGGAAGGGGCCCCACUGUGGGCCCUUAGAGUUUAAAUGCUUUUCACUAUUUGUUCAAACUCCCUCUGAAAGUGGGAACGUGUAGGUGUCUUCAUUUUCCACGGAAAGCUUGAUUUGUUGGUUGUUCGUGGAUUUGGGUACUGCGCAUUUCCUCUUCAAUGAAUAUAUUCAUGAAGUUACUGUGGACUUUUUCUUCGCGACCCAAGAGGAGUUCUGAAAACUUUGGAUCUGUUCCCUUCCAAAUUUUAUGUUUUCCCAAAUGAUUUAUUAAUUCUGGAAGCUUAUUGUCAGUAAUGUGGUGACUCAAGAUAAAAAGGCACUCCACGCUUCCCGGUACACACCUCUGGGUGUGGAAAUUCCGUGGGCAGCGCCCACAGCCACCCUUAGCACCUACGAGCUUAUUUUGCAAACCACUUUGCAAAAAGAAAAUUAACCUACCAAAACAUAUUUUGUGUUAGUUAAGAAAAAAAGGGCUGUACUUAUUAUCAGUGGUGGGAAAUUUGUGCGAGGGGAAGAAACGUUUUUGCCAAACACGAGUGUAACGGUGCAUUCUCUGCGUUCUCUGCGAGUGUUUUGUUUACUAAGAGACCCAGGGUAAGGGUGGAAGAGACCUAGGGUAAGGUCUGCUGCGCAUUUCAGGUUUCUUUCUUCAUGGUAGGGUUCCUUUUCCUAAUCCUGGUAUGGACUUUGACAAACUAAGUUCUUCGAGUGCUUUUUCCUUUUCUUUUGUUCAAAUUCUUUUAAUAAAUGAGGAAGAAAGUGCAUUCCAUGGCUGAGCGAGCCCUGCCUUGUCCAAACUCAGCCGCUCUGCGUUCAGCCCACGGGCUGCUGAGGUGGACCCCCUCUGGCGAGUCUGGUUCUGCUGUCUCCUGAGGGCAGGCACUUGGGGACAGGGCCCAGAGGUAGUUGGCACUCCUGGGCCAGGGAGCCGGCCCCCCUUCCAAAAAGCCUUAAAGUGGUGGGGCUCUGGGGACCUCUGAGUACCACCGUCCCAUUCAGUCCCAGCCAUCAAGUCUUUCUGCUCAAACUGGCCACUUGGGUGUGGCUGUCCAGGACAGCGUGGGGCCUCGACUUCAUUCUCACUUCAGCCAGGUCCACACCCCUCUCCCACAUCCACACACAUCCGGUUCUGUUGGCACAGAGCGUGUUUCCAACGGUGCUGCCUGUUAACACAGGGCUGGGGCCAGGGUAGUUCAUCCCGGCAGGCAUGAUGGUGAGGGCCCCCCCGCUUACCCCAGGGCUUCCCCGGGCUGCAGGGAGUGCUUUCAGGGCACAGCGCUUUGGAAGAUUCUCAGGACUGCUCCAAGCAGUGUGCGAACUGGUCUGUUAGCAGCUUGGCAGGUAGUUCCAUCUCCAAAAGCAGCCCUUUCUCCCACUCCACCCCCAGGGAGAAGAGCGAGGGAGAGGGCCAUGGGACCCUCAGCAAUAACUGGGUGCACGGUCUGUGAGACGGGGCUGGCCACACACACACGGGCAGCUCAGAGCCAUUAUCUGCAAACACUGCUAGCAAUAUCACAGUUUCUACUGAUUUUGCAAUGUGUUGAAAUUUGUUCUUUUACUUUUUUAUUCUUGCAAAAAGAAAGAGUCCCACCAACCCCAGUUAUGUAUAUACAAAAUGAUGCCCGUUGCUUAUACUUCUUUAUGUCCCCAAGAGAGCAGCUGAAGAAUAUACAUAUAUAUAUA